CGCCACACUAACACACACACUUACGCUGUGGGCUCUUUAAAGUUUUUUCCUCCAGAAUUUUUUUUCUUUUUUCCUGGGACGCUCCGCGGAACCGGAAGAGGAAAACGGGGGAUUAGAGUGUUUACAUCCUGGCUGCAGCCGCUGCAAGACACGCGCGCGCAUGCAAUCUUUAUUUUUAUUUAAUUAUUAUCAUAUUUAGUGAGUUUUGCAGGUCGUGUCUCGUGCUUUGCGGAAGAGGAGCCGCCUGUCUUGUUUUCGUGCGUGAUUUCCGUCGCGGCGUCGGAGCAGCCACCGUCUGUGGAAGUGGGACACGGGAACAGAUGGCGCGUGCCGGCCGCGCGCGGUGACGACCGAUCUAUAAAUAAUAGGAAGAAGAAAACACCGCCGGAGGAAGAGGAGGAGGAAGGUUUGCGGGUUUUCGGUGUCUCUUUCUGGGGAAUGUCGCUGUGACCGUUAGACGGAAGGAGGCAGCGGCAGCAGCGGCGCGCUUCGCCCCGGAUUGAUGCGCGCGGGAGCGGCAUCAACUUAAUCCCCCCCUCCGCCGCUCCCCUCCCCCGGGAACAAUGGUCGACAACCGCUACGCCACCGCGCUGGUCAUCGCGUGCGUGCUGAGCGUGCUGGCCACCGUGUACCUGUCCGUGGCCGUGGGCACGCAGCACUGGUACCAGUACACGAGCCCGACCGUGCGCGGCGAGGCCAACGCGUCGGAGCUGCGCGCGCUGUACGAGGAGUUCAUGGACGGGGAGUUCGACGAGAAGACUUACAGCGACACGCUGUUCCGCCUCAACGGCACCGUGGGCCUCUGGUGGCGCUGCGUGCUCGUGCCCGGCGGCGCCGGCUGGUACAAGGAGCCAGGCCUGAAGCUGGUGCUGGAGUGCCGCAGCUUCACUCUGCCUCAGCAGUUCACCCCCAAGUACAAAGAGCCGGGGAACCACAACAGCGGGGAGGACAUGCUGCGAACCUAUCUGUGGCGGUGCCAGUUCCUGCUGCCGCUGGCGUCCCUGGGCCUGGUGGUGCUGGCGGCGCUCACCGGCUGCUGCGCCUGCCUCUGCCGAAGCCUCACGCCCACGCUGGGGAUCGGAGUGCUCCACCUGCUGGCCGGUCUGUGCACGCUGGCCACCGUGUGCUGCUACCUGGCCGGGAUGGACCUGCUGCACCGGGUGUCCAUGCUUCCCGAGCGGGUGGACGGCUCGCUGGGCUGGUCGCUGUACCUCGCCCUCAUCUCCUCUCCCCUGCACAUGAUGGCCGCCGCGCUGCUGGUGUGGGCGGCGCGCAGCCACAGCCAGAACUACUACCGCAUGACGGCCUACCGGGUGGCGUAGAACCCCCAACCCCUCCUCCACCCCCACCUCCGCGGCGGCAGCGGCGUUUCCCUGACGAUGUGGGUUAAUCCGCUGUGGGAUGGAUUACCGUGCACGGCGACCACCCCGGUCCGCUGCAUUAAGAGAUUUGAUUUCCAUCCCCCGCCGCCGCCCCCCGGAGGUCGCACGAUUGGUUUGAAAAGGUCAACCAGGAAAACGGUCGUCAUGCGACACGCGUCCCAGUUUGAGAUUAACAUUAAAAAGUAACAGCGUUUAUGUUUUUGGGAUUUUUUUUACCGAAUUAAAUUCAACUGGAGCUGAAAAUACCUUGAAAUAAGGCGGUGUGAGUGUAGUUUAGAUAUUUGAACAGAAAUGUACAUUUUCAAGGUUCAAGGGGAAACAUUUCAAUACGUUUUCAACUGUUUUCAACUGCAUGUUUUUUCCUCAUUUUUACAAUCUCUUUUCCAAAUUCAAGUUAGUUUAGUGUUUUUUCCUGCUUUUCUGUUUUUUUUUCUACAUUUCUUAUAGUUCAUCUACAUUUCCCAUUUUAGUUGUUUUUUUAGGGCUGUCAGAGUUAACCGCAUUAAACAUGAUUAAUUAAUGUAGAGAUGAGUAAAGAUAAUUUUUUUUAAAUAGCGAUUAAUCACAUAAUUAGGCGUUUCAGUCUGAAAACUAUUUUUUACAUACAUUGUAUGACUUUGGUCUGCAUGGCGCUUUAUUUUGAAAGGAAAUCCAACAAGGUCAAGAAAAAAAAUCUUCCUGCGUUUGAUUCUCAAUCAUGACGAAUUACCAUUUAAAAAAUGCAACUCAAAAUAAUGUAAUUAAUGUGAUUAAUAGUGAUUUAAAAAAGUGAAUCUUUUGACAGCCCUGGGUUUUUUUUUUCUUUUUUCUUUUUUCAAGCCUUUCUAAAAUCCUUUUCAACCCAGAGUCUGGAGUCUUUCUGAAAGUGACCCUGGUCUGAACCCUCAGUGCUAAAAGGUGCUGAAGCAUCGGCCUCUCCCACCUUUCCCUCUGCAUGGGCGACCUCUGCUGGUUGAACUUUUCAAGCCCUCUCGCCACAUGUAGUCCGUUCCCUUUAAACACAGGAGUGUUGCACACGCCUCUCUUUUUUUCAGCUUAUUGAUCUUAUUUAUUUAUUUAUUUAUUCAUGGACUGGUCUGGAACAGGUGUGCUUCUUUCUGAUUUAUUUACGCAGCUUCUUGUUUUGUUCGGUGAUCUUUUACACGUUUUUUUGACUCGGGUUUUGUAGAGGAAGUUGAAUUGCCGUAGUUGUUAAGUUGCCCUCUGUGGAUUUGGUUGAUAUUUUAUUCGCCCCUGGGUUCUGUUAGCUGUUUUCUGUUGUCGUUAUGUGGAAAAAUGAACGGACAGGUCAGGAUUAUGGCGUUCUGAAUGUACUCUAAAGGCCAUAUUAUGAUACGCUACAGUAUUCCUUUGCACUUAAAUUCAUUUUCAACAUAUCCUAAAUAUUGCUGUAGUUGUGAAUUUCUAUUUUUUUGACAGUGUAAAUAUAUGAAAGCACUAUUACCAGUAAAUGUCUUCACAAAUAUACAGAGAAACCACUCGGAAAGUUUGACCACGGUUUCCAGAUGGAUCCGAUUGUAUUUCAUUGAAGUGUUGUCCGUCCUCCAGAGUUGUGCGUUUUGGUUGUGUGUGUGUGUGUGUAUGUGUGUGUUUGUGUGUGAGAGAGAGUUACAUGCUGUC